AUGUCGCAGGUACCGCAGGCCGAUUCGGACCAUUUCCAUGCACCAGGCCGGGCAGUGCUCACCAGUCGGCAAUGCGCAGGUCGGCGACGCAGGCGACGCGAAUACGAGUACGAGUACGAGUACGGGUACGGGUACGAUUCGGCUCGCAGACUUGUCGCGGUCCUCGGCAGCCACCUCGUGCCUCGCGCCGAUACCAAUGAGGUUGGCUGGUACUCGUCUGUCCUGCUUGCCCCAUUGAAGUUACAGGAACCGGGUCGCCUCGGACGGACGUUGCCCGCGGACGAUGCCGAGAAAGCUGCAUCGACGACGACGGCCGCCAUCGAAGCCCGCCAUGCUCCGGCGACAAGGAAGCGCGACGCACCCGUCGUCGCCCACCACGGUCCCCACGAUGCCGAAGCGAGCCAUGGCAUGACGAUGCUCCCUCGCGGCAGAGAAAGAAGCCACGUCGAUCGGCCGUCGCCGCAACGGCCGUCCACCAUGCUCGUCGCCGUCAAAGGUUCCGCCGAAACGGACUCGGGCAUCGAGGGCCGUUGCAUGAUGCCGCCGGCAUGGAGAUGGCAGCACGCUCAGCCGACGGACGGAAAUCGAAACGGACAUGCAAGUGCCUGCGAGGUCGACAUGGCACGCGGCGCACGAGGAGAGAACGAAAUUCAUGGCUGCCUCGUCGGACACGGCCUGCCUGCUGGGCCACGCGUCGUGGCCGCCGUCGACACCACGCACCGCGGCGUGCUUGGUGGGUGCUGGGUGCAUUGUCGAGUCAGGGCCCUGCCGAGGGUUCGUACGGCAGCUUUCCAGCGUCUGUCGGUGCACUCUCGAGCAGAUACUGCGCAGCACGAGCGCUGUGGCCGGUGCCAGCCCUCCCAUCAUCCACCGCCGGCAAGUACCGGUACGGUGGAUGCAUUGGGCACGCAUGCCACGGAGAGGUCACUUUGCUUGCUUCCAACGUGCGGAAGAUACUUGAUGAGCGACACGGUCCCGCGUCGGCAGGCUGCACGACCACCGCAGCCGCGAGCACCUUACUCGUACACGUGUCCUCGAUGGCGUGCGAGCAGAGCACUUGCACGUGGCCCGACACAAUCCUCGUGGACCAGCAUUCCCUCCUCCUCCUCCUUCUCCUUCUCCAAGAUUGCGGCGGCUCGUUUCGUCGGGUGCAUCUCCAGCGGCGGCUCGUUUCGUCGGGUGCAUCAGCAGCAUCGGCUCGUUUCGUCGGGUGCAUCAGCAGCAUCGGCUCGUUUCGUUGGGUGCAUCACCAGCUCGCACGCUUCCACGGCUCUCUCUCGCCGGCCACUCGUGCACGAAUCGGACGAGGCCAGCCUGGGUGACCGUGGCCCGCCCUGGGUGAGUGGCCCGUCGCUCGCCGCUCGCCCGCUCGACGGAUGGCCGCCUUUCCGGCACGCACGGUCGAUGCCUGUCGACGGGAGCCGCCGACGAGACGGAGACGGGAAGGUGUGA